GGAGAUGAGGUAUUGUUAGCAGUAACUGGUAAGGAUGCAACUGAUGAUUUUGAGGAUAUUGGGCAUAGCUCAACUGCAAGGGCUAUGAUGGAUGAAUAUUAUGUUGGUGAGAUUGAUGUUUCCACAAUUCCAACAAAGGUCAAAUAUUCGCCUCCAAAGCAACCUUACUAUAAUCAAGACAAGACCUCGGAUUUCAUAAUCAAAAUUCUCCAGUUUUUGGUUCCGUCAGCAAUACUGGGAUUGGCUGUUAUAGUAAGGAUCUACACAAAAACAGCCUAGAAUCAGAUUGAACUUUUAUCUGUUAAGAGGAUAAUCUGCCUUAUUACCUUAUGAUUUCAUUUUCAUUCCUGCCUGAUGAGGCUUGUUUCCAAUGUCAUAUU